AUGACUGAGACUAGCAUUAGUGGGUUGCGUGGCCCCAAGUCCAUGUAUUUUAUGGAGAUUGUUGAUGUGUCGUCGCAAGAAUCCAGUGUGUUGUCGAGUAUUGUUGAAUCGUUUACGUCUGCGGUAUCUGCAUCGAACUUGGGGGUAUACUCUGAUGAAGUGCUUUGUGAUAUCAAACUGUCGUUGAAAGAGAAUUCCCCAAUUACUAUGUUACCUAACUAUAAUGUCUCCCCUACAGGCGACGAGCAUGGACAGUAUUUGGUUAUUGAUUUAGGAGGGUCGACAUUGAGAAUAGCAGUGGUAGACAUUUCCAAGCCACACCCAAAUUUGUCGAGAAGUGAGAGGAUAACUAUAGUUGUGGAAAAGAGUUGGAUUAUUGGCAACGACUUUAAGAGGAUUGAUGGUGAGUUUUUCAAGUAUAUUGGGUCCAAGAUUAACGAGAUAUUGAUGGGACAGAAUGUUAUUGAUGUAAAGUCGGUUAUCAAUACUGGUAUAACCUGGUCGUUCCCGUUGGAAACAACCGACUACAAUAGAGGCAAGAUCAAGCAUGUUUCCAAAGGGUAUACUGUGGGAGAGGAUAUUUACGACAAGGAUUUAAAGAUGGUUUUGGAAGACACGUUGAGACAAGAGUACGGGUUGACACUUGACGUGCAGUCUAUAUUGAACGACUCGUUGGCGGUGUAUUCUGCUGGGUGCUUUAUUGAUUCGAAGAUGAAGUUGGCCAUGGUGUUGGGGACAGGGAUUAACAUGUGCUGUUCCCUAAAAAGGUCAAGUGAUAUCCACCCCUCCAAGAUGUUGGCUGAUGCUACGUUGUUUAAUUGUGAGCUCUCGUUGUUUGGCCAGAAUCUAUGUAAAGACUUUGCUACGAAAUAUGAUAUCAUUAUAGACAAGAGGUUUGCUGGUUUGCUGCACCACUUUAAGACGUUUAUGGAGCCUGACCCUAUUACAAAAACGCUUUUCCAGCCGCACGAGUUGAUGACUAGUGGGAGGUACUUGCCAGAAUUGACGAGGUUGGUGGUGGUAGAUUUGAUUGAGGCUGGCGAGAUUUUUCAAAAUGUUGACCACCAACAGAUGUACCAAGAGUAUGGUGGGUUUAGUGGGGAGUUGAUUUGUUUUGUGCAUGAGAAUGACGAUUAUGAUGAUAUACAUGACAAGUUGUGCAAGGCCUACGGCUGGACGACGGUUGGGUUGAGUGACAUUGUCUGCUUGAAAGAAGUUGUAUCGUGCAUUAUCAAGCGGGCGGCGUUUAUUGUUGCCAAUGCGAUUAUUGCGUUUUUCAAAUUGUUGGGCAGUGACGAGUUGGGUGGUGAUGUGACGAUUGGGUAUGUGGGGUCGGUCUUGAACUACUUUCACAAGUAUAGACGGUUGAUUGUUGAGUAUGUGAAUAGCGCAGAGGAGGCCAAGGGGAUAAAGGUUGACUUGAAGUUGAUUGAAAAUAGCUCGAUUAUAGGUGCUGCCAUAGGUGCUGCCUAUCAUAAGUAG